GGACUACGCGCGCGUUCCGUGUCCCCUCGGCGAUCUGCUCCACCUCCCGUACUGUUUCACCAUGACGGCGACCGUUGCGCACUACCCCAUCACGUCCAACAUGAACGACACCUUCAUGCCCUUGCCGGACGUCCGAAGUGAGCGCAUCGCCCUCGUUCUCGAUAUGGAUGAAUGCUUAGUCCACACCAAGAUCAAAUCGAAGAAGGACUACCGACAAGAUGAAGCUCGCCCCGAAACGAGCGAGGAUUACCCUGAGCGCUUUGAGGUUAUCAUGGACGAUGGCGAGAAAGUGGUCGUGAACAAGCGUCCUGGACUUGAUGCAUUCCUCCAGAAAGCGAGCCAGCAUUUCGACGUGUACGUGUUCACGGCGGGUCUCGAAAUGUACGGCCGGCCGAUUUUGGAGGCACUCGACCCUUCGAAGAGCCUCUUCAAAGGUCAUUUCUUCCGUACGUCGUGCACUCUCAAGAGCGGGUUCUUCAUGAAGGACUUGCGUUCGGUUCGGUCCGAUCUGUCCAAGGUUGUCCUCGUGGACAACAACCCGGUGUCGUUCCUUCCGCAACCUAGCAAUGGCAUUCCUGUCCCGAGCUUCUACGACGACAUCCACGACAAGACUCUAGAUUCGCUGACCAAGGUGCUCAUGAACCUCCUGAACUUAUCGGAUGUCCGCCCGCGUCUCCACCAGCUCUUCCGACUUUCGGACUUGCUGGCGGACCACCGCAAAAGCCUGUGGUGCAUGUGAUCUUGGGUGUUCUCGCCCGUUGUACUUUAUUCUGUCGACUAGUGCAGUCGUGUAAUCUUAUCUUAUUCAUCCCAAUUACGUGGGCUCCGUCUAACCUAGUCGGUGUUCAUCGCCCAUCCCGAGAUGUGGAG